AUGAAACACCCAAGGCCACUACCCACCAAGUUCCGCAUUGAGAAUGUCGUUCUGGACUUUGGAGUCGAGGAGAAUGCUGAUCCCAUGAACAUACUCCCCGAGGACAGACCAAUGCCAGCUCCAAAUUCAUCAAGGAUUGCCAAGACCUGUCGAUUGGCCAACGAGGCAAAAACAUCUCCUAAUGAGCGCAAAACUGUUCCAAAACCCAUCGUCGAACUAGAACUUCCACCGCAAAUGGCAUCAGAUUGGAUGUUUGACCGCAGUUUUCGACCCAUAACACCCAUCCCCAGGAGCUUGGUGGAUGAUUAUGAUACAGGUCUGCCGUCGUCGGAGGAUAUUUGGAAGAGUUAUAUGGAUGUGAAGAUGGGCGUUAUACAGCCCUCGGAAGCUGAGUGGCCUUUGUGCUGCAUGACGAAUUCGGAGGCAUCCACAACUUCGCCUCCAACUAUAACGGAAUCUCAAAAGUCCGAUGGGUUUCCUCCGAAAAAUAUUUUCGAAACUGGCUUUGAGAGGAAGAUCGAUGAAGAAGAGCAGCGGGCCUUGGAUCAGUGGUUAGAAUCGGAGGGGCUCAACGGGCUCCAUAAUGAUGUAGAGGAAUCCGAUUCAAAAAGUAAGGUCGAAAAUGACCCCCAGACUCCUCGGCCUCGGAUUCUGGACAAUGAAGAUGUCGCCUUUGCUAGCCUUCCUGUUGGAAUCGAAGAGGAGCGGGCCAUCAAGGAGUGGAUAAAAUCGGAGGGGCUCAACGAACCCCAUAGUGACAUAGAAGAGUUCAAUAUGUUAUUGAGCCUGGCCAGAGACCAUGAGAAGAAUCGGGAUCUUCUGUUCGAGCUACUAAAGCCCAAGGAUCUUAUCUCCCAGGAAAAGGAUGUUUGGAAAAAGUUUUCUCCAAGGGUGUUCGAAAUGCCGCAGAAAUCGGAUUUUGUUGAGCCUGAGUUGUGGAAACCUGUGCCCAAAGAGAAGGUUUCCAUAGAAACUGUAUCAGAAAAGGAACCAGAAAAAGCAAAUCAAGGUAUUGUGGAAAAACCAGAAAAGCCAGUUAUCCUCGAGGUCAAAGACAUUAAGCCAUUAACCCCGAGGCCAGAGGAUGAGGAAGCCAUCCAGAGUUGGCUACAGCAAUGCAGUGAAACCAUAUCCCAGCAACUGCAACUUCUCAUCUAUGAGGACAGCUCCAGCAAACCAGCAUCUGGAGAACCAGAGGGCAUUGACUUCGAGACCGAGAUCAGCAAGGAGCAAAUGAAACCCCGAGUCCUGGGUGAAAGCAACAGAAAAGUCUCAACGGAGACUGGAUGGCAGAACAGCUUCACAGUUCGCCUCGAGGACUUCGAGUACAUCAUUGACCAAAACAUGACAGAGUUCAGGGAUCCCCAAGCUAAGAGACUCCGCUCGAAGUGGAACCAGCAGUUUGGAUCAAAGUCGGUGGAGAAUUUGAGGAGAUGUCUUAUGCUUCCGCCUCUGCCGGUUCACCUGGACCAGUGCCUCCAGAGGAUUAGAAUCCUAAGGCGUCCCAACAGGCCCAAGGUCGAGGAAUUGCGCUUGCGUGUCGAGAUGAAUUUUUGCAAAAUGUAUUGCACACUGAGCAUGAACAUGAAUUUGAAUCUUCAAAAUACGGCUAGGAACCUAAGAAACGCCGUUUACAAUACCGACAUCGAUGUGAUCCAAAUGCGGUAUGAGGCCACACAGAUAGCCUGGAUUUGGUCCAAUGGCAGCGUGUUGAUAAUAAAUGGAAGAGGCCAUGCGAUGCUGGCCGAAACCCAAAGGGAUCUGAUGCUUAGAACCUUGGCGAAGGCGAACUUUAAGGCCGAACCCUCAAACAAGCUGCUACACCUGCGUCUCAUUUCCUGCGCCCACUUUCCAUGGGGCAUCUCCUUGCCGGAGUUCACUGCGUCAAGCGUGCUCUCUCCAGAGUCGCAUAUGAAAUAUGUCUACUACGUGGACAAGGCGAUUCCCGGGGUGGCAGCUCGUGUUCACGAGACGGGAAUGAUCCAGGUGUUUGCCAUGACCACGGGUGAGGCGGAUAACAUGCUGAAGAAACUGUACCUGCUCACGGCCAACCACCGAAAGGCCACCAUAGAUGUCUUCAAAAAGGAAUCAAUCGACUACGACUGA